AUGAACAAAUUGGUCGUUUGCGAGUUAAGUGUUUUUGGGAUAAUUGACUGGGCAAUCAGACCACAGCUAUAUGGGUGGUCAGACUGUUGGGACACCUACGGUCAGACCGCAGAGCAUCUACCAAGCAAAAUCAUGAGCCCUGCACGAGCAAAUCUUGUUGUACUAGUUGGCAUGGCAUUCCUCUUCAUAGGAAUUGUAGUUGGUAAUGCAGCUAGAGGGAAUAAUCCAGGAGCAGAUUUUGUUCUUGGUAGAAUGAAUGGUCAUAAUCCUACUGCUAAUGGUGCAAAUACCCACGCAAUCAGCAGGGAUAUGAACAAAGGGGAGAACUCAAUCGCAGGCCAUUCUAGUGAGAGAAAACUUGCAGCCAACACAGAUGGAGCACGCACUGAAAGCCUUGAUUGGUAUUGCAAGUUCACAGGGAAGAAACCCUGUCCUUAGAAUUUAUCCAAUCAGUCCAGUCCUUGAGAAAUGCGGUGGCCUUCGUUACGUAUCUCAUUAUACUAAUGUCUAAAGAAAUAAAUCUCUUGGACAUUUGGAUUGUAAGGCAUGUAUCCUGCAUUUGCACAAGGAGACUUCCUUCUAGUAUUGCAAAUGGAAAAUAAUAAAAUAAUCAAUGGUAGU